AUGGGAGAACAGUUACAAGCAAGACCAAUAACGGAACAAGAUUUUCUAAAUUUACAAAGUAGGUUGAGUACACUGGUAUGGAAAUAAAACCGAUAUGCACCGUGUAUUAUUUAUUGAGCGUCAUUCUAUAACGAAACUUUUUGUUCCUUUUCGCAGAAAAGCUUUCGGGCAUGAAUGAAAGUUCGUUAACGGCUGAUAUCCCGGCUGAAAAUUGCGACGAAAGAAUACUAGUCUCAAAGAUCCUAGGAUGUGCGAGUGUCGCGGUGCUACCAAGAAAUACCUCUUCAAAUUAUUACAGAUUUUCUGGGUCGGCAAUCUCAUCUGGCGUCCCUGUUCUCAUAACCGUCGACCUCAAACAGGAUGGGAAAGGUAGCAAGGUAACUGUGAACUGUGAAAAGAUGACUAUUCAUUCUAUAUUAUCCAAGGAGUUGGUGGCGGCUGUGAAAAAAGUCAGUUAA